AUGGCUAUAACAAUGGAAUUAGAGGAGAGUACAUCAGACUCAAAACUCCACAAGGAAAGUGUCAGCAAGAAAGAGUUGCGCCCAUUAAGCGCCGUGUCAUAUUCAAGGUCUGAUCAUGGACCCGAAACGACGUCGUCUAUUGAACAACUGAAACAAUACAAGAGCUGGGUCAGCAACGAGCGAUGGAAUGAGCUAAAGAAGAUAGCGGACUCCGCCAUGAAGGAACGUAAGGUGUUCAUGAUAAAGGGCGGCGGAUUCCCGGCUGUCCGUCGAGCGUUACUGAAACGUGGUUGGAUCGAAAAAUAUGAAUCACACAAGGUUCGCCACCCACCAGCAAACAUUGAUCCGAAAAAAGUUACCGAUAAAGAACUGACCAAAGUUGAAAGGAUGAUAUUAUACAAGUUCAUGGAACACCAUUCGGUCGAUUUCCUCUGGACUUCCAAAAGAGACAAAUACGAUUGGUUGUUAAGCAAUAAGGAGGUCAUAAUAAGCAGGUUCAGCAGAUCUAUAUUCACAACAAAAGAAGGUUUGACCACGUCACUUACUCAAAUGCAUUGGUACACAGAGCCCGGUAUAGCGUUAACAAAUUUUCCACGCUGCUACAACAUUCAUAACUCCGAUAAUUUAGAAGAAUUCAUUGAGGAUUUUCGAAUAACAGCCUGCAUUAGUAUUGUAAAAUGGUUUUGUAGCUCAGUGCAUACUAAUAAAGAAACAGAAUUUAUAACAAACCAAGGGAAAGUACCAUUUAGUGCCAUAGAAUUUGCCAUUAGCAGAAUUAACGAAUAUGUGACAUUCUGCAAUCACAAAGACAUAGACGACGUAGAGGAUCAAGUUCCACACAUUUGGGAACAUGAAUGGGACCUAUUUCUCACGCAUCAUUAUCUUUUAGUGCACGAAAAGGCAAAAUUUGUGGAUGAUAACAAUGUAAACAUUAGGCAAUUAGAAAAAAAGGCAUCGAAAGUUUUGGCUGCAGUAGCGAAGUUCUGGCCACAGAUAGACAUUGACGGAUUCUUAAACAUUUGGAUCGUUAAACCUGGUAACAAGUGUCGUGGAAAAGGCAUUCAACUCAUGAAUAAUAUCAAGGAUAUAAUCGGUCUCAUUAAUAUUCCUGCCCAAAAAAACAGAUACGUUGUACAAAAAUAUAUCGAAAACCCACUGGUUAUAUACAAUACGAAAUUUGAUAUACGGCAAUGGUUUCUAAUCACAAAUUGUCAACCACUGACUAUCUGGAUGUAUAAGGACAGCUACUUAAGAUUCAGCUCACAGAUAUUUAGUUUGUCAAACUAUCACGAGUCCGUACAUCUAACUAACAACGCAGUCCAAACAAAAUACAAAAAUACUGGAGAUAGGGACAAAGCUUUACCUGACGAAAAUAUGUGGGACUGUCAUAGUUUUAAGGCUUACCUGAGACAGAUAGGAAAGUAUGAAUUAUGGGACACGAAGAUAUAUCCUGGGAUAAAGCAGAGUCUAAUUGGAGCUAUGUUAGCCUGUCAAGAAGCAAUGGAUAAAAGGCAAAACAGUUUCGAACUUUAUGGAGCUGAUUUUAUGUUGACCGAGGACUUUACACCAUGGCUCAUAGAGAUUAACUCUAGCCCUGAUUUAGCGCCAACAACUUCUGUAACAGCUCGUUUGUGUCCCCAGUGCCUUGAAGAUGUAAUAAAAGUUGUACUAGAUCGGCGUCACAACCUUGACGCUGAUACCGGGACUUUUGAAUUAGCCUACAAGCAAAUCAUUCCUAAAGCACUAGCAUAUCUUGGGUUAUCGUUAUGUAUUAAUGGAAAACGUCUGCUUAAGAAACAAAAAGAGCGGAAACAUGAGCAUAGAAGUGUGACUACAUUAGCACUUCGUACAAUAUCUGGUGACACCAUCGAAGAUCCUCUUCAGCCAGUACCUCCUGAAUACAACGGACCAAUUAUCACAGACUUUCUAACAUGGUUGAACCCUUACGACACUCUACCAACAAAUAAAGACGGUAUUUUGUUAGGACCCAAGGAUUCUCUUAUGGACUCGAGGAAGACGCGAAAGAAAUCUAGAAUCUAA